AAUAAAGAAAAAGUUGAAAGAAACAAAGAGCAAAUCACAAGCUAUUCUUUCCUGACUUCACGAAGUUCAAAAAUCCACCGCCACUUCUCUAUCUCUCUCACUCUCUCUGUAUACACUCCCCCAAUUCUCCUGAAACCUCUGAAUCUCUCUCUUUCUGUCAUUUCCAUUUCACGAAAUGGCGUGUCGUCUCGGAGCCUCUUCUUCACGCGCCUCCUUCUUCCACUUCCACGAGCGUAAUCAACGGCUUGCUCUUCUGCCUCAGGAACGAGCAGCAGUGCCCGUUGGAGUGAAGACAUGGAGAACAACGAGAAGAAGAGGGUUGAGGAUUUGGGUCUCCAACAGCGGGGAUUCGUACCUCGAUAUGUGGAAGAACGCCGUCGAGAGCGAGAGGAAGAACGCUGAUUUUCGGAAGAUCGUCGAGAAUUCGGGUGGGGAUGAUGAUGAUGAUGAUGAUAGUUCUGAGGAUUUGGCUAAGAAGACGGAGGAGUUUAACAGAAUUCUUGAGGUUUCGAGGGAGGAGAGGGAUCGGGCUCAGCGAAUGCAGGUCAUUGAUCGGGCUGCGGCUGCCAUAGCUGCUGCUCGAGCUAUUAUCAACGAGAGCGAGUCUACGGCCGAUAUGGGUUCCGGUGAAUCGGGGGUUGGGAGUGGUGGAGGGAUUGUAACUCCUCAAGAAGGAAACCAAAGUGGCAUUACAUUCCUGCCUCGUUCAGACACUUCAAAUAAUGGAAUUCCUGGUCCAGAUUUUUGGUCCUGGGUACCCCCUCAGGAUAGUGAUGAUUUUAAUAACUUGAAGCUUGCAACAAAAUCUUCAGCAAAUCCAAGUUCAAGCAACCCAUUUGCGGAGAAAGAACAAUCUGUAGGCUAUCUUUCGAUUCCCUUUGAGAGUAAAGUAUCUGACAGUAAUCGUUACCCCCCUCUACCGCCUCUUCAGUCACUAAUGGAGGUUGAAAAGGUGGCUUCUGAGGCCAGUCUAGAUAUUCCUGCCUCAAAAGAGGAUCACGAACUUGGUGUUCAGUUUUUAGCGCAUGCAGCAGAAGCAGCUCAUGCUCUUGAUAAGGUGGAUGAGGCAUCGUAUGGCGUGAAUGAAGAUGGAACAAGGUGGUGGAAGGAGACAGGAAUUGAGCAAAGACCUGAUGGUGUGAUUUGCAGGUGGACGAUGAUGAGGGGCAUUAGUUCUGAUCAAGUUACUGAGUGGCAAGAGAAGUUCUGGGAGGCCUCGGAUGAGUUUGGGUAUAAAGAGCUUGGUUCAGAAAAAUCAGGGCGUAAUGCAACUGGAAAUGUUUGGCGUGAAUUCUGGAGAGAAUCUAUGCGACAGGAGCGUGGGCUUUUGCACUUCGAGAAAACUGCAGACAAGUGGGGAAAGAACGGCAAUGGAGAUGAGUGGCAUGAGAAAUGGUGGGAACAUUAUGAUGCUUCUGGCCAAGCAGAGAAAUGGGCUCACAAGUGGUGUAGUAUUGAUCCAAACACACAGCUUGAAGCUGGUCAUGCUCACGUUUGGCAUGAAAGGUGGGGUGAAAAGUACGAUGGACGGGGCGGCAGCGUAAAAUACACUGACAAAUGGGCAGAGCGGAGUGAGGGUGAUGGAUGGACAAAAUGGGGAGACAAAUGGGAUGAACAUUUUGAUACGAACGGUCAUGGUGUGAAGCAGGGGGAAACAUGGUGGGCAGGCAAGUAUGGAGAGCGGUGGAAUCGCACAUGGGGUGAAGGCCAUAACGGUUCUGGAUGGAUACACAAGUAUGGAAAAAGCAGCAGCGGAGAGCAUUGGGACACACAUGUGCGGCAAGACACAUGGUAUGAGAAAUACCCUCACUACGGUUUUCUGCAUUGCUUUGAAAACUCGGUUCAGCUGCGUGAAGUUCGUAGGCCAUCAGAGAUGUCAUAAAUGGAGCCUAUGCAAAACGAAGCCUAUAUAUGCACACAUAUAGAUAUACAAAAUAUAGUGUCUUACUGAAUUCGUAGGGAUCAUUUUCAUGUACUUAAAAUGGAUUGCUCCAUUGGAGGUCUUUGUUAGUGUUGAGACAUGUUUCUUCUUUGUGGUCUUAUAUUCCAACGUAUAUGAUCCAUAAGCUUUCUAAGUUUGGAGAAUGUUAAUUCUCAAAAGAGUUGCUUGCAUUGCCUUUAAAUCAAAUUGGUGUGGA